UGUAGCGGGUUCUAGUGAUGACUUGUCUAUGGUUUAGUCAUUGCUACCACAAUGCAGGAAAAAAUAUUUUGACAAUUUGCAAAGUAAUCAUGGCGUCAGAACGUUACAGUUUCUCUCUUACUACUUUUAGCCCCUCUGGUAAAUUAGUUCAGAUUGAAUAUGCAUUAGCCGCUGUAGCAGCUGGCGGUACUUCCGUCGGCAUAAAAGCCUCCAACGGCGUGGUGAUAGCAACCGAGAACAAGCAUAAAAGCAUCUUGUACGAUGAGCACAGCGUUAACAAAGUGGAAAUGAUCACGGGGCACAUUGGCAUGGUCUACUCGGGAAUGGGCCCGGACUACCGUCUCCUCGUCACGCAGGCCAGGAAGAUGGCCCAGCAGUACUACCUGAUGUACCACGAACCGAUACCGACCGCUCAGCUCGUGCAGCGGGUGGCCACAGUGAUGCAGGAGUACACGCAGUCAGGCGGUGUCCGUCCGUUCGGCGUGUCGCUCCUGAUAUGCGGCUGGGACGGCGACCGGCCGUACCUGUUCCAGUGCGACCCUUCGGGGGCUUACUUCGCGUGGAAGGCCACGGCGAUGGGCAAGAACUUCAAUAAUGGCAAGACGUUCUUGGAGAAGAGAUACACUGAAGAAUUGGAGUUGGACGAUGCUGUUCACACCGCCAUCUUGACGCUGAAAGAGGGCUUCGAGGGUCAGAUGACGGCUGACAACAUCGAAGUGGGCAUCUGCGAUGCGGCUGGUUUCAGGAGAUUGGAACCCCAACACGUUAAGGACUAUUUGGCAAACAUCCCGUAAUCUAUUCGUUUAUUUUAUUAAUUAUAUGUUUUAUAUGCUAAA